GUAGCACAAAAAAGGGGAAAAACAAAAAACCAAAUUUUGGUCCGUUGUGUUCACUUCAUCCGAUUCUUGUGGGACGAAAAACUAGAGAAGCAGCUUAUGAAUUAUGAUCGAGGUCUAGAGCUGAAGCGCCGAACCCCACCGCCGUUCAAUCCAGCACUAUCCGCGACCACCAUUAGAGUUCAGGCCAACACGUCCGCUCCAGUUCUGGUUAAAAUUUCUACUGAAAUUGAAUCCUAGCUACAAGUUCAAAGAAGAAAAUUUCUGGGCUUGGUCCCUACUACGGCGGAGGGUGUACAAUGCUGGCAACUUCUCCCAAUUACCCAGUGUGUUACUUCGUUGACAGCAGAAUCAGUGGUGUCAAUAAGAAUUGUCAGAAGGAAAUAAAAUUAUUAUGCUCAAGUCCACUUUCCCGUAAACUUUUUUUUGCUCAAGGAACACAGAUUCAUAAGGUUCUUAGGCCUUCCCAGCUGAAAAGAUGUUAUGUGGUUCCUAACGCCAAUGAUGGAUAUCCUUGUGUCUCUGCAUCUAUAGAAGAUACAGCUGCAAGCCAUGAAUUGAAUUAUGAAGCAGAAACACUAUUUAGUAAAUGGUCACCUCCCAAGUACUUAUGGAGGGGUUUAUCUGUACUAAUCCUAGCAGGGCAGGUGAUCACAAGGAUUGUGAAGGGAAACGUCCACUGGAGAAACACUCUCCAGCAACUAGAGAGGGUUGGCCCUAAAUCUGUUGGUGUUUGUCUAUUGACUUCAGCUUUUGUUGGCAUGGCCUUUACCAUUCAAUUUGUUAGGGAAUUCACAAGAUUGGGGUUAAACAGAUCUGUUGGUGGUGUCUUGGCCUUGGCCUUUUCAAGAGAACUAAGUCCUGUUGUUACAUCAAUCGUAGUUGCUGGGCGUAUUGGCAGUGCAUUUGCUGCAGAACUGGGCACCAUGCAGGUUUCUGAACAAACUGACACAUUGAGAGUUCUUGGAGCAAACCCCGUUGAUUAUCUGGUGACCCCUCGGGUAAUUGCCUCUUGUAUGGCCUUACCAAUUUUGACCCUCAUGUGUUUCACAGUCGGAAUGGCAUCCAGUGCUAUUCUAUCAGAUAGUGUGUACGGGAUCAGCAUCAACAUAAUACUGGAUUCAGCCCAGAGAGCUCUUAGAUCAUGGGAUAUCAUCAGCGCAAUGAUCAAGUCCGGGGUUUUUGGUGCAAUCAUAUCCACAGUGAGCUGUGCUUGGGGAGUAACAACCCUUGGAGGUGCCAAGGGCGUUGGAGAAUCAACUACUUCAGCUGUGGUCAUAUCUCUCGUCGGUAUCUUCAUUGCUGACUUUGCACUCUCUUAUUGCUUCUUCCAGGGAGCCGGGAAUUCAUUGAAGAACUGUGUAUGAUUUUCUCACCUCCUUUCUUUUCUGAUACAUUUUUCAAAUCACUUCUCUGAAAGAAACUGACAAUACGUCGAAUGAGAAUGCAUCUUUAUUAGCUGAAAAUCAUGUAGUAUGACAGUUCAUUCCCAGCACCAAAAGUCUAGGAUACUUAAUUCCAGUCACCAGUACCACGUUUUAACUAUGUUGCUUUCAUGAAGAGCUAUUUUCCUUGUUUUUUACACCCACAUAACAUACUUUUGAAGUAGCUGGUGCCAUUGUAGAAAAGUUGUCCAGUUCAAAACUUCAAAUUUUCUUCCUACUCUGAGAUAUAGAAAGCGGCAGGAGAAUGAGAAAAACCCGACUUUUGGGGUUCAUUGAACCUACCAGUUUUGAGGUUAUCUUGUUCUUAUCUUCAUUUGAUGAAUAUAGAUAUUUUAAGGAA